UCUAUAAAUUUCAUGGUUCUGAUUUCAUAUGUUGAGAAUAAUUCUCAUCACUGUGACAUUUGGUUUGGUAUACGUAUGGAGGGCAUUGAAUUGGAUGUGGCUGAAGCCAAAGAAGAUAGAGAAGCUUUUAAGAGAACAAGGCCUUCAUGGGAAUCCUUAUAGACUUUUGCUUGGAGAUGCAAAGGAUUAUUUUGUGAUGCAAAAGAAAGUUCAAUCCAAACCCAUGAUUUUUUCGGAUGAUAUUGCGCCACGUGUCGCUCCUUACAUUCAUCACGCUGUUCAAACUCAUGGGAAAAAAUCUUUUAUUUGGUUUGGAACAAAACCAUGGGUGAUUCUUAAUGAACCUGAGCAAAUAAGAGAAGUAUUCAACAAGAUAUCUGAGUUCCCAAAGGUUCAAUAUAAGUUUAUGAAGUUAAUAACUCGCGGUCUUGUUAAACUAGAAGGAGAAAAGUGGAGCAAGCAUAGAAGGAUAAUCAACCAUGGGCUAUUUUUAUUUUUUAUUUUUUUUAUUAUGACACCAACAUUCUUGAAAAGCUGCAACGAUUUGAUUAGCAAUUGGGAAGAAACGUUGUCUUCAAGUGGAGCCUCUGAAAUAGACAUAUGGCCUUCCCUUCAGAGCUUGACAAGUGAUGUUAUCGCUCGUUCGUCAUUUGGAAGUAGUUAUGAAGAAGGAAGAAAAGUAUUUCAACUUCAAAUAGAGCAAGGUGAACUUAUAAUGAAAAAUCUAAUGAAAUCUUUAAUCCCUUUAUGGAGGUUUUUACCUACAGCUGAUCAUAGAAAGAUAAAUGAAAAUUUGUCGGGACUUGGUUUAAUCCACUUCAAGUUGCUCGGGGUAGCGGGAUGCUGAGGGAUACGAUGACGAAUAGACUGAGCAUUCCUCCAACUAGUAAGAAGGGAUCCUGCACGAGCACAAAUAGCUUCAGUUGUUUCAGUGACAUGUUCCAUACUUUAUUGUUUCGAUGCUACAAUAUACUCAAGAGGACAUUGAAAACUUGUUUUUGUUGCUGGUCCAGGUGUUGUAAGAUAGCAAACACAUUGGUUGGAAAGCUUGCAUCAAUAUCUAAAACAGUCAUCAAAAGACUCCAUAAUCCACUCUGCUGCCAACAAAUCUUGCUUUUAUCACACAUAAAGAACAAAUGGGUACUAUCCUCGCCAAAAUCAACACAUACUGCACAGCUAUCAGUACACUGAACUCCUUUUGAUUGCAAUCGGAUUCUUGUGGGCAAACAAUUAUGACAAGCUCUUCAUAGGAAAUUCUUGACCUUCGGGGGAAAUUUUAAACUCCAAAUACAAUUCAAGUUACCCGGCACACGUGAUGGGAUAAAACCGCAAGUGCACGAUCUUACCGAAGUAGUAAUAAAAGAGUAUCGUUCCGACAGGGAGUUGUU